CUGCUUCUGCUAGUAGUAGUACUUGCUAGUGUUAGGUCUAUUAUAGGUUACUUUUCAAAGUCAAGAGUAUUACGCCAAGUACCUCAAUUAAUUGUACUUAUUAUUUAAAGUACUUGAAAUGGCAGGAAGAGCUGUUAAGUUUGGAAGUGCUUUGAAGGAGCUUAGGAUUCAUUUAUGCCAAACUUCGGAUGCCAGUAAAGGCGUGAGGGAUUUUGUCGAAAAGUUUUAUGUACCACUGAAACAGAUGAAUCCCAAAUUCCCUAUUCUGAUCAGGGAAUGUAGUGGUGUCCAGCCUAGAGCUUGGGCUCGAUACGGUCACGGAAAAGAAACAAGUGUCUCGUUAACUAAUCUACAAGCGGAAAAUGUGUUGAAGGAAAUUGAGAAGCUGGCAUCCAAGAACUAAUUGUGGGUUUUCUAUUAGUUAUUUUGUAAAUAUGAUGAUAGAUUGUACGUUAAUCAUAAAAAUAAAUAUUAGUCGGUA